AUGGAAGCCAUACCCGAAGAAGCCAGUGGCGGCAGGGGGGCAAGCGACAUCACCUUCAAGGGGACGGUUUCUGGCAAGGUAGCUGGUGCUCUGAGGAGGAUGCAUCAGAAUCUUGGGCAUCCUUCGAAUCGUGACAUGGUGAAGCAUCUCACCCUUGGGGGAGCUCCGAAGGAGAUGGUGGCGGCUGCUCACAACCUCCACUGCAAGACCUGUACGAGAUGCAAGCGCCCGCCGGCGCAUCGUGUCACAAAGCCGGCCACUCUGCUAGACUUCAAUGAGGCGGUUGCCCUGGACAUCAUCUACAUAGAUACUGUGGAGUCCAAGGGCAACUUGGCGCUCAACAUGGUGGAUGUGGCAUCGUCAUAUCAGGUGGUCAUACCCAUCGAAAGUCGGCAUGCUCAUGUGGUCUCCGAAGCCUUCUACAAGCACUGGGUAGCUUGGGCAGGGGUUCCUGCCAAGAUUGUCCUCGACUUGGACACAUCAUUCCAGGACAGCUUCUGGGAGAUCACAUCAGGCGACAGUAUCUGCAUGAGGAGUGCCGCUGGUCAGGCACACUGGCAGAAUGGGGUGGCAGAACGAUAUAAUGGAGCAUGGAAAGAUGUGUGGGAUCGUGUUUGCCUGGAAUGUAGCGUCACCGACAAAGACAUGUUUGACGCCGCAGCCGCGGUCAAUGAAGCCCGCAACACAUUGAGGAACCGGUCUGGUUUCUCGCCAAGGCAAUGGGUCUUUGGAAGCAAUGGAAGACUGGUCCCAGAUCCCGAAGAUGGCGCUGAACAAUUGAGCGCGCUCAGCAACGUCACGGCAGAUGAGAAGAUGGCGCGCAAACAAACCCUCAGAGUGGCAGCGCGCAUGGCCUUCUUCCAAGGCCACUCUGUAGAGGCAGUGCGGAAAGCCUUGGCUCAUCGGCCUCGGGUGCAACCUAAGGAGUUCAAGCCUGGCGACAUGGUCUAUGUCUACCGCGAGAACAAGGGCAAAGGGAAACGAGUGUCUUCCAAAUGGCUUGGCCCUGCCACUGUGAUCGGCCCAGAAGGUUCUAACUACUGGGUGGCUCGUGGUGGUCGUUGUCUUUUGGCGGCAGGCGAACAUCUUCGCAUGGCAGAACAUGAAGAAGUCAGCGAGGCGUUGCGGAUCAAGGCAGCGCUCCAUGAGGUGAAGAAAGCGCUGGAUGCUGACUUCGAGGAGGCAGCAGAUGACAUGGCUGUGGGUGACAUGGAGGUGGACGAAGAUAUGAGCUUCGAAGCACUUUUGGACGAGGCGGUGAUGGACACUGAGCCACCACCACAAGCCGGGCGUGCUUGCGCCCGAGAUGUGGAGCGAGCACGUCGAGCUCAAGAGGCAGAAGCGAUUUUGGACGAUGUUCCAGUGUCCAUUAGAAAGCACCUCCGAACGCAUGAACCUGGUGAACCUCGCGGUGGGGGGUCAGCGAAUGUGACAAAUGCGACCAGUUCCAAUUUUUUCACCAAACGCAUUGGCAGUCCUGAAGCUUUGGAGAAGGCAUUGGAGAAGGAGAUCCCAUGGCACAUGAUAUCAGCGGAGGAGAAGGACUUGUUCAGGGCCGCUGAGCAGAAGCAAUGGGAUGAACAUCUACAGUAUGGAGCAGUUCGCCCGCUCUCAUUGGAGGAGAGCGCCAGAGUGGAGGUGGAGGUCGGGAAGGAAAGAAUUUUACCCUCUCGAUUCCUUUACCGGGACAAGAACUUGGCCAAGAGGAGAUCAGAUCCAAAUGUUGAGCGCAAAGCCAAAGCAAGGCUGUGCGUGGGAGGACAACGAGACCCCGAUUUGGGGACAACAGAUAUGGCUGUCGAUGCACCAACAGCAAAUCGACACUCCAUUCUCCUAUGUUUGCUUUUGGCCUUGUCAUGGAGUUGGCGGGUGUCUAUCGGCGACAUCAGGGCUGCCUUCCUCAAUGGGGUGGAGGCACCUCGCAAGCUCUACUUCAAGCAGCCGGUACGAGGGCUACCAGGACUGAUGCCUGGACAACUGGUGGAGAUUGUGAAGGGGGUCUUUGGGCUCUCAACAUCUCCCAAACUAUGGUGGGUUAAACUCUCAACCGAGUUGCUGCAGAUCAAGAUCCCCUAUGGCAAGGAGGAGGUUUAUGUGGAGCAGAAUGAGAUAGACCCCUGCGUGUUCUUACUCAAAGGACAUGGCGGCAGGGUGGUUGGCGCCAUUUUGACACAUGUGGAUGAUCUCAUGAUCAUGACAGAACCAGCUCUACACCAAGAACUACAAGCCGAGAUCAGCAAGCGCUUCCCCGUCGAUGACUGGGAAACUGAUGCCUUUGAGUAUGUGGGGUGUCAGUAUGAGAUUGGCCCAGAAGAGAUCAAGAUCUCUCAAGAGAACUACGCACAGAGCCGACUGGAGAAGGUGCGCAUCCCUGGGGGGCUGACUGACAAUGACCCAGCUCCUGAGGAUAUGAUCCAACAGAAUCGCACGACGGUCGGCUGUUUGUCUUGGCUGGCGAAACAGACUCGGCCAGACAUUCAAUUCAUGGUAGCACAGGCUCAACGUCUUCAAGCGAAUCCUACGGUUGGUGACGUGAAGAACACCAACAAGAUUGUAGACAUGGCCAAGCGCUUCAAGGACGAAGGCAUAAAGCUCAAGAAGAUUGAUGUGAAUGACAUGAUAAUCCUUGCCUUCCACGAUGCGGCUUGGGCGAAUGUGGAUUUGGAGGAAGAGAUUGACCCAGUUUGGGAUGGAGACACCAAGCUUUCGUCACAGCUUGCUUGUCUGGUCAUGGUAGCCGACAGAAAAGUCUUGGAGAACAAAGAGGGCAAUGCCUCAUUUGUAGAUUGGCGUAGCCGAGCGAGCUCAAGAGUCUGCAGAUCUACGUUUGCGGGCGAGACUAUGGCAUGUGGUGAGGCGAUGGAAGCUGCGCUGUAUCUACGGUGCCUCUUGCUCUCAUUCCAACAAGGUCGCCUAGUUCCAGAAGCAGAAGCUGGCGAAUUCCAAGAGAUGCACCUGUGUACCGAUUGCAAGAGUCUCUACGACCAUUUACACCGAGAAGGAGUACCAAAAGCUCCAACAGAGCGGCGCCUCGCCAUUGACUUGGCGGCCAUCAGGCAGUCCCUCAAGACUGAAGCAAUCCAUCAGUGGAAGCGACGGUAUGGAAUCGGGGCUGUGCGCCCUGACAAACCAUGUAAGCACAAGGCAGCUUUUGACUUUCAGGUAGAAAAGGUGGGCACAUGGCAUUUGCAGUGCUGUGACUUCGACAAUUCCACUUUUGAGGCUUGCACGACAGCGGAGGAGCUUCGGGAUCGAAGGCGCAGCGAUGUCGGCGCUGGGUUAAGAGCCUUUGGCAGCUCCUGGUGGCCAGCGAUCUUGACGCUGGUGGGAGCGUCUCUGGCCACGAUCUACGCAUGGCCAGAUGUGAGGAGUUUUCCUUCUUCGCGUUUCUUCGUGGCCAUCGGGUCGUUGCUGGCUGCCUUCUGUUUGAAGCGUUGGCUGUUGAGAUGUCUGGGUGGCUUCGAGGGCGAGCCAACGCUCGAGGCCAAACCGCUGUUGUUGGUGGGAGAAGGAGAAAAGGCCUGGGAAAGAUGUGUGGACGAUGCUUGGUGUCGCAGUUUUGCACACCUUCGACGCUGUCCCUUCACAGAGGAGCAGCUGAGCAG